AUGGAGAAGAAGCAGUUUGGCAUGGCUGCUCAGGAAAAGCAACAAGCACGGACCUGCCACAGGCCUGGAAAUCUCCAGACUGCUCUAGAAUCUGACAAGGACUCCGGAUUCUCAGAUGUGGCAUCAGAGUGCCUGAGCUCUGUGGAGCAGACUGAUACAGAAGAAGCAUCGCUGACAUCACGCUGGAGUGCUGCUCAGAACCCCCUGGGGAGCCCUACACCUCACCCUCCUCCUCUGCUCAUCUUGAAAAAUUUGCUUGUAGAUCAGGGGUCCAGCCCUGACCCUCAUGUCCACUCCUGGACUGUCCAUCAUCCCUCCUUUCAGCUGCUUCCUACCACUUCACAGUUCCUGGUUUUUCCCUCAUCAAUACCUCCGCCAAAGCCUCAGCCAUCCAGUGGAAAGUCCACCAGUUACUUACCUAUCCUUAACUCCUACCCCAAGAUCGCACCACUCCCAUCACAGUUGCCUCUGCGGGGACACAAGAGAGAAGCCGAGACAUGGCACCAAAACCAAACAAAAAGGCAGCUUUGGGGAUCGCUGCGCUCAGGAGCUGGGGAGAAGGCAAGUUCCUCGAAUAGUCCGGAGGAGCCCGUGCUCAGUGAUGCAGCUCCAGACUGUGAACUGGGCCUGGCCACCACACAGAAUGAGACCAAAGACAGCAUGGGGAUGGAUAGCUCUGAUCUCCAGGCAGCUCCGUUUUCAGAUACCUCCAAUAAGAUUCGCCGUUCAGUGCCAUCUCUUCAGCAGAACAAAAGUCGCAGGUUUCAGAAUACUCUGGAUGUUUUACACCGUUCUGGGCUACUGAGCAUUGCUAUAAAAACGAAAGAACUGGCCAGACUUAACCAGGCCACCCAGACCCAGCUGGAGAAGCUGCAGGAGCAGGUGAACCUCUACACUAAAGCCAUCAGCAGUAAUAGCACAGAAGACUGGCAAAAGCUGCAGGAAUCACUGGGUGAGCCUAGUGGGCAGUUAAAAGAGAUCAGCAUGUGA